GAGAUAUAAGCAAAUCUCACGCCUGCCUGCUCACCAUUCCUCUCACCACGCGCCCACACCCUCUCACUACCCAGCGUUGUGUCUUGAGAGGAAGUAGGAACGUCUUUGUCUUCGCUUAGUGACUGCAAAUAUGACAGGGGGCAAGAUGGUGGGCUACUACGGGUCCUGGGCCACGUACCGUCCGGGUGCCGGCAAGCUCAGCAUUGAUAACAUCGACCCUUACAUUUGCACGCAUUUGAUCUACGCCUUCGCGGGUGUCGGCUAUGACAACAAGAUCAGAGUGGUGGAUUCCUCUAAUGACAGCGAUUUCUACGAUCGCUUCAACGCCCUCAAGAGGAGGAACAGCAACCUCGUCACCCUCCUUGCUGUGGGUGGCGCUGACGGGGGAUCUGCUAACUUCUCCACGAUGGCAGCCAGUGCAUCCUCUAGGAGGACUUUUGUUAACUCCAGCAUCGAGCUGCUGCAGAGGCACGGCUUUGAUGGUCUUGACAUAGACUGGGAGUAUCCAACUCAAGGAGACCAGAGGAACUUUACCCUUCUGCUCAAAGACCUGAAGCAGGCCCUGCAAGCUAAAGGAAUGAUGCUGUCGGCGGCUGUGUCUGCCGGCAAAUCAACAAUUGAUGCUGCCUAUGAUGUCCCGGGCAUAGCUCAGUACUUGGACAUGGUGAACCUGAUGUCCUAUGACCUGCAUGGUCACUGGAACCCUUACACUCACCACCAGUCUGGUCUCUAUGCCCAUCCUCAAGAUAAGAGCGACAAUUUGUACUUCAACCAGGACUUUGCUGUCAAGUAUUGGAUCAGGAAGGGCAUGCCAGCCAAUAAGAUCACCCUGGGAAUUCCUCUGUAUGGCCGAUGCUGGACUCUGAAUGGACAUGACACUGGCUACUACGCUUCAGCAUCCAAGCAUACUGGCGCUGGACCCUACACUAAGCAGCAAGGAAUCUUGGGCUACAAUGAGAUCUGCGAGAAAAUCUCGCAAGGCUGGACUGUCGUCAAUGAUCCCGCCAUGAACGAGCCUUACGCGUACAGUCUGCGGGACAACCGCACCUGGUGUUCCUAUGAUGACCAGAAUUCCGUGAAGACCAAGGCUAGGUAUGCCAAGUCACGCGGUCUGGCUGGCAUGAUGGUCUGGAGUAUUGACACUGACGACAUCAAGGGAAACCAUGGUCGUCCCUUCAACCUCAUCAAGACCAUGAGGGAAACCUUCAAUCGGUCUUAGAUCACUCCUGGCUCUGCCACCUGUGUAACGUGGACAGGUAAGGCACACUACUGCCGACCAUCACAAGGCACCAUGAAGUUACUCCUACCACUCCUGGGUUGUCUCGCCCUCUCGCUCUCCCUCACAGAGGGCGUGAUGGUGUGCUACUACGGGUCCUGGGCUGUGUACCGCCAGGGUGAUGGCAAGUUUGACAUUGAAGACAUCGACCCCAACAUUUGCACGCAUUUGAUCUUCGGCUUCGCGGGUCUCGGCUAUGACAACAAGAUCAAAGUGCUGGAUCCCUGGAAUGAGCUGUGCGACAACUACGGCAAGUGUGGCUAUGAUCGCUUCAAUGCCCUCAAGCAGAAGAACACCAAACUUGUCACCCUCCUUGCUGUGGGCGGCUGGAACGAGGGAUCCACAAAGUACUCCAAGAUGGCAGCCAACCCAGCCGAUAGGAAGACCUUUGUGGACUCCAGCAUCGAGCUGCUGAAGAAGCACGGCUUUGAUGGUCUUGACAUGGACUGGGAGUACCCGACUCAGCGUGGAGGCGCCCCUGAGGACAAGGAGAACUUCAUCCUCCUGCUGAAGGACCUGAAGGAGGCCCUGCACGCUAACGGAAUGAUACUGACAGCGGCUGUGUCUGCGGGCAAGUUGACUAUCGAUCCCGCCUAUGAUGUCCCAGGCAUGGCUCAGCAGCUGGACAUGGUGAACGUGAUGGCCUAUGACCUGCAUGGUGCCUGGGACACCUACACUCACCACCAGUCUGGUCUCUAUGCUCACCCUGAUGACACUGGUGACAACCUCUUCCUUAACCAGGACUUCGCCAUCAGCUACUGGAUUGAGAAGGGCAUGCCAGCCGGCAAGAUCACCCAGGGCGUUCCUCUGUACGGCCGCUGCUGGACUCUGAAGAAUGGAGACAACACUGGCUACUACGCCCCCGCACCCCAGCCUGGUGCUGCUGGACCCUACACCAGGUCGCCAGGAUUCUUGGGCUACAACGAGAUCUGCGAGGGAAUCUUGGAUGGCUGGACCGUCGUAAAUGAUCCCGCCAUGCACGAGCCUUACGUGUACAGCCUGGAGCACAACCGCAUCUGGUGUUCCUAUGAUGACGAGGCCUCCGUCAAGACCAAGGCUGAGUACGCCAAGGCUCACAAUCUGGCUGGUAUGAUGGUCUGGAGUGUUGAGACUGACGACUUCAAGGGCAAGUGUGGCCGCACCUUCAACCUCAUCAAGACCAUGGUGGAGACCUUUUCUGGUUCUGAGAUCACUCCUGGCCCCACUCCUUCCCCCACCACCCCUGACCCUGAUGCCACCACCACCAAGCCAGUCACCAAGCCACCCACCCCACCCCCAACCGACAAGUGCAAGGCUCCCGGCAUCAACGCUGAUCCCGAUAACUGCCACCACUACUACCUUUGCUCUCAGAACGUCCAGGGUGGAUAUGACGCCACGGAGGAGGCGUGUGCCCCGGGAACUCUCUUCAACGCCAACGCUUUCAUCUGUGACUGGGACCACGUUGUCUGCGCCAUUGAGGGAAUGUGCCCCAACGACUGCCCCUGUUUUCCUUUAAGGCUCAUGACUCUGAGAGCGAGUUAUAUCAGUGUGCUUGAGGGAGCAGUGGCCAGGACGGUGGCGGAGUGUUGGAUCAAUGCGAGAAAACCAAAAGGAAUCACUGCCAUUACUGCAUUUCAAGUGCUGGACUCGCGGUUGGCAUUGUGUGAAAAAUUCAACAGUUGUGCAUUCUCUACACCGCAGAGACUCAAAGGAGAAAACCAAAGCCUUGCCAUCUGCUGUUCGUGGGCGGCAACAAUGAGAGAUUUGAGAGAUACUCCAAGGACAGAGGGAGGCGGAGGUGGGCAGCCAGACGGCGCAUGGCCGCCCACGCCUUGCUCACUGACCAGGCUAGUGGGUGGCGGGUUGGAUCAGCGAAGACUUGAGACGAAAAUAUUGGAUGAGCCUUCCUUGAGCACCAGGCCAGCAUUACCAUUAACCAACAUUUUCACCACCGUCCCACUGCUGCCACCAGUAUCCAACAUGGAAAACGGAGCUGGACUGCCCACGCCUCGCCGACUGAGCAGACCGUCGUGGCGCGGCGGGUGUGAAGGUUGCGACACAGUUGUCCUGAAUUGCCUGCACCGCGACAAGCUCCAGCCCUUCACUGCCUGUAGAGAACUUGAUCCUUCUGGUCAAGGAGCUGAAGGGGUCCAGCACACUAACGGAAUGAUGCUGUCGGCGGCUGUGUCUCCUCGCAAAGCAAUUAUCGACGCUGCCUAUGAUGUCCCGGCCAUGGCUCAGUGCCUCGACGUGGUCAACCUGAUGGGCUGUGACCUGCACGAUGUAACGCACUUCUUCGCCGUGCACCCAAAGGCGUUAGUCAUGAAGUUGCUCUUGUCUCUCCUGGGCUGCCUCGCUCUCACGCUCUCCCUCACAGAGGGCGUGAUGGUGUGCUACUACGGCUCCUGGGCGGUGUAUCGGCCUGGUGACGGUAUGUUUGACGUGGAGGACAUUGACCCAAACCUCUGCACACAUCUGAUCUUCGGCUUCGCGGGUCUUGGCAGCAACAAUAAGAUCAAGGUGCUGGACCCUUGGAAUGAGCUGUGUGAUGACUAUGGUCUGUGUGCCUUCGACCGCUUCACUGCCCUCAAGAAGAAGAACACCAACCUCGUCACCAUCCUGGCUGUGGGUGGAUGGAACGAAGGAUCCACCAAGUACUCUCAUAUGGCGUCCAGCGCGGCCAGCAGGAAGACCUUCGUGGACUCUGCCAUUAAGCUGCUCAAGGAUCACGACUUCGACGGUCUGGACAUGGACUGGGAGUACCCGACACAGCGAGGAGGCAACCCCGAGGACAGGGCCAACUUCGUGCUGCUGCUUAAAGACCUGAAGGAGGCACUGCACGCUAACGGUAUGAUGCUCACCGCCGCUGUGUCUGCCGGCAAGGGUACCAUCGACGAGGCUUACGACAUCCCCGGCAUCGCGCAGCACCUGGACAUGGCCAACCUAAUGACCUACGACAUGCACGGUGACUGGGACCCCUACACCCACCACCAGUCCGGCCUCUACGCCCACCCUGACGAUACUGGUGAUAACGUGUACUUCAACCAGGACUUCGCCGUCAGGUACUGGCUUGACAACGGCUUCCCCGCUGAAAAACUGACCCAGGGAGUGCCUCUCUAUGGAAGGUGCUGGACCCUCGAUAGCGCAGACCAGCAUGGCUUCUACGCCCCCGCCCACCAGCCAGGCCCCGGAGGAAAGUACACAGAGGAACCCGGUAUGCUGGGGUACAAUGAGAUCUGCGAGGGAAUUCUGGAUGGCUGGACUGUUGUGCACGACCCUGCUAUGCACGAGCCUUACGUGUACAGCCUCAAGCACGGCAAUGUCUGGUGCUCCUAUGAUGACGAGCCUUCUGCCAAGCUCAAGGCUGAGUACGCCAAGGAGAAGGGACUGGCCGGCAUGAUGGUGUGGAGUAUUGAUACGGAUGACUUCAAGGGCAAGUGUGGUAGGAAGUUCGCCCUUAUUAAGACCCUCGUGGAGACCUUCACUGGAAACGUCAUCACUCCUGGGCCAACUCUUCCCCCAACCACCCGCGACCCUGACGCCACCACCACGGAGAAAGUGACCAGGCCCCCCACACCCCCGCCAGAUGAUGUGUGCAGGCGCCCUGGCAUCAAUGCUGACCCCGACAACUGCCACCACUACUGGCUCUGCUCCAUUAACGCUGACGGGAAAUAUGACGUGAUCUCCGAGCCUUGUGCUGAGGGAACGCUUUUCAACCCCAUGGCCCACCUGUGUGACUGGGAGCAUGUCGUCUGUGCCCUUGAUGGAGUGUGUGUCAACGACUGCCCAUAGACACCACAUAUAGGGAUUCUCAGGCCACCAAGACCACAGCCAGCCAGCCAGCCAAACCUCAAUGAAGUGUGGCCUCCAGCAGGAUUGAGCCUUCAGAUGUUACAGGCCUGCUAACUUAACCUCUUUAGUACUGGGGCGCAUUUUUUACCUUGAGUUUUGGGUAUGAUUAGACGAUUUUAUUCACAUUAGGAAGGGUCUAUGGACGUCAGAAGAUUAAUAUAUACAGUCUUCACUAUUUCAACCCUCACAUAAGUUUGUGAAGCUGUAUAAAAUCACCAAAUAGUCACCAAAAUCAAUAUGGAAACGCGUCAUGGUACUGAAGAGGUUAAGGAUGUUAUCUAUAAAGGCUAAGAUUCAAAGAUAGAUCUAUUCAAAACGUGGAUUUGAAACAUGUGUGUGCGCAGUUUACAUGUCCAGCCAUUUCAACCUGCAAAAGAUGUUAUUGAGCUUUCAGACUUUACAAGGAUGUUUUCUCGUCUGCCAAAGUGUGGAAUACGAGGAUGUUUUGAAAUAUAAAUGGUGGUAUGAAGUUAGCACGUUCUCGAAAAGCUUCUGUAUCCUAUUGGCAGAGUCUGUGAGGUUAGGAAUUGCGUGACCAGCGUGACGUGACGGCGUGAAUUGAAGGGUUCUUAAUCACAGUAGGAAAUAUAAACCUUACUUACUGUGAUGUUUCAGUACAAGUGUCAUUCUUUAAUAAAAUUGUAAAAUAACUGAAA